GAGAUUGAACUAAAAAUACUGGAAUAAAAACGAAAAAAAUUGGAAAAGAAAAAGGCGAAAGAAGCUUAAAACGACGUCGUCCGUCUAUGCUUGUCAUUGUCUAUAAGCGCUCGGGUCUCUUUUUCUUGCUUUCGUUUCGCCGUAUCAGCGUCAGUGAUCUCUCUCUCUCUCUCUCUCUCUCUCUCUCUAGGGAAGAAAAUCUGAAUCCAUGGCUACCUUAGCGGCUGCUGCAGUUCGUCAAGCCAGAGCCCUAGCUCGAGUUUCCUCGCCUCAGUCAACCGCCAACCUUAUUCACAAGCGCGGACUCGCUGGCGCUGCCGACCACCAUGGACCCCCGAAGGUUAACUGUUGGCAAGAUCCCAUGAGCCCAUCUAAGUGGAAGGAAGAGCACUUCGUGCUUGUAUCUCUAUCAGGAUGGGGCCUGCUCAUCUUUGGAGGGUACAAGUUCUUCACCAGGGGAAAAGGAAAUAAGGAUGAGAAAAUUGUGGAAGCAUCCCAAUGAGCUGAGCUGCAGAUAUUUUCCGAUUCUUCUAAAGUACUUCUCGUAAUAAUGUAUUUCCUUGUACCUCAUGUGCCAGCGAAUUUCAUUUCAAUCUGGAAUUGUAUCUCAGACUAGUAUAUGGGCUUAUCUUGUAGCUUUUUCUUGACGUUUUGGUUAUUUCAUGCACCGAAGUCCUACAUCUAAUAAUACGAAUUUACCAUCAUUUAAGCCCCCACAAACUCAUUCAUUGGAUUUGAAGGAAGGGCAUUUGUGGUUCGGAGUUUGUGAUUGAACAAAGCAUUUUUGAGUAAUCAGUUAAUUGCUAUCUUUGGUGUCAUUUUGUUAA